UCACGACGAGGUUGCAUAUACUGGCAGUUGAAAUGCGAAGUACCGGCCGAACUAUCACCGUAGAUACACCAAACGAGCGCCGUCAGAUACUCGUGUACCUUAGCUGGCCUUUGUUCAUACUAAAACUUCUCGGUUUAUUACCAAUCUUUACCACACAGACUUCAUAUGAGAUCGGCAGGCCAAGUCGACGUGCAAUGUUGCUUAAUAGAGCCACGCUUUUAACUAAAGCUUCAUUGAAUAUUAUGCAUAUCUUCACUUUGUUGUCGCCGGUAAUGCUGCAGUUACUGUUCAUAAGAAGUCAUACGGAUGGCAUAACGAAUAUGCUGGAUAUCGCUUUUUGCAUACUUAGUGAUGUAACAAUAACCUGGACUUGCGCUAGGAAUGCAGACAAAGCCAUCAUUAUAAUCAACAGCAUCUUGAAAGUGGAUAAGCUCUUACAGAAAUAUCCGGGUGCGCCGGCAGAAAGAUCUCAUGCAACCAUGAAUCAGUUUACUGUCUAUCUGAUAUGGAUGUUUGGUUUCCUCUGCCUUACUGUGGUCGCAUCUAUCAAACAGACCUUAGCGAAUUUCUCGUUCUACAUCUGUGCGCACACAUUCAGCUAUCAGCUGGAAAACGCGACUUCAUUCGCUUUUGUUGUACUCAUUUCGGCGCUGCUGCAUCAGCUGGCGGAACGCUUUCGAUUCGUCAACCAGCUGAUAGCACAAUACAAUUGUAGAUUCUUGUCGGCUAGGGUACGGAGUAGAAAUGCACUAACUCAAGAUGAAGAGAAUCUACGCCGAUUUGCGGAGAGUUCGUCUAUAAUUUACAGCUUGCACGUCGAUUUGCUCGACAUAUACAAAAUGAUCAAUAACUAUGCCGGUUUGGGGCUACUGGCAUUCUUUUUGUACGCCUGCACUGGUUUGCUCACUUGCACCUAUAUUUGCAGUAUCUACGAUUGGGUACGCAAUGAAGAUUUGUACCAUGUGUUGUGGAUACUCUUGUGGAUACCUUAUUUUGCGGCAGGUUUGAUAUUGUUGACGACCAAUUGCGCCAAGGCUACGAGAGAGGCUAAUAAUACCUCGCAAAUACUAGCCAGAGUCUAUGGUAAAGGCAAAGAAUAUCAAAAUAUCAUCGAUAAGUUUCUGUCCAAAAGCAUUAAACAGGAUGUACACUUCACCGCUUACGACUUUUUUGUUAUCGACAAUACAACACUGUUCAAGAUUUCGUCAGCACUUGUGACUUAUCUGGUGAUACUUAUACAAUUCAAACAGUUGGAAAAAAGCACGGACUAAGGAACUACUCUAAUGGGACUACAUAAACAUAACUAUCAUCAUUUAUGAUUUCUUAACGAUAAAUAAAAAAGUCAAAUUUAAAAAAAAAUUCGACCAUAAGAGUCUAUAU